AUGGGCUCCAGCUCCUCCUCCUAUGCCCCCAAGACCGUCUACCUCAACGUGGAUGGAAAAGUGCAGAAGGUAGUGUUCAGUCGACACUGCAGUCCGUGUGAUAUCAAGGAGCUGCUGUGCUCCUCCUCAAAUGUCCCCAGGAACACAGCCAUCAUGGUGGUGGACCAAGAGGGCGCCUUGGUGUCCAUAGAUCCCACUAUGCCCACCAACUCCCCAGACUCUUUGUACAAAGUGGUCCCACUGUCCACUGGUCAACUUGGAGAGAAAGAGGACAUGUUUCAGAACGUGCUUUCCCAGGUGGCCGAGCAGUUUAGCAGGGCCUUUCGCAUUAAUGAACUGAAAACCGAAGUCACCAACAGGCUGGCCAUGCUGGAGAAGAGAGUGGAGCUGGAAGGCCUUAAAGUUGUAGAGAUUGAGAAAUGUAAAAAUGAUUUAAAGAAGUUAAGAGAUGAGAUGGCUUCUAGAGGUGGUGGAAGAGUGAACUGUCCGUGCAAAUACAACUUUGAUGAUGGCAAAAAGGUCACGCCUCGACGAGAUGUUCCUAAUUACCCAAAGUACACAUUAUCUCAGGAGACAGUGGAAGCUUUGAAGAAGCCCACAUUUGAUGUGUGGCACUGGGAGCACAAUGAGAUGCUGAGCUGUCUGGAAUACAUGUAUCAUGACUUGGGACUGGUGAAGGAGUUCAACAUGAAUCCCAUCACCCUGAAGCGUUGGCUGUUGGGCAUUCAAGAGAACUACCGUAACAACCCCUUUCAUAACUUCCGUCAUUGCUUCUGUGUUAGUCAGAUGAUGUAUGGCAUGAUUCACCUUUGCAAUCUCCAGGAGAAGUUGACUCUCACAGACAUGGGCAUUCUUAUGACAGCUGCGGUUUGUCACGACCUGGACCACCCUGGCUACAACAACACGUACCAAAUCAAUGCACGUACAGAGCUGGCUGUGCGCUACAACGACAUCUCCCCUCUGGAGAACCACCACUGUGCUGUGGCCUUUCAGAUCCUCUCUCUACCUGAAUGCAAUAUCUUUGCAAACGUGGAUCCUGAGGCUUUCAAACAGAUAAGACAGGCUAUUAUAACACUGAUACUAGCUACAGACAUGGCCAGACAUGGAGAGAUACUAGAAUCCUUCAAGCAGAAAGUGGACAACUUUGACUUCACCAAUGAAGAGCAUGUGACAUGUCUCAAGAUGGUUUUGAUUAAGUGCUGUGAUAUUUCCAACGAGGUCAGGCCCACAGAGGUUGCUGAGCCCUGGGUUGAUUGCCUUUUAGAAGAGUAUUUUAUGCAGAGUGACAGGGAGAAGUCUGAGGGCCUGCCUGUGGCGCCCUUUAUGGAUCGAGAUAAAGUCACCAAACCCACGGCUCAAAUUGGAUUCAUCAAAUUUGUUCUCAUCCCAAUGUUUGAGACCGUCAUGAAGAUCGAAGAGAUCAUGGUGCAGCCUUUGAGAGACUCUCGUGAUCAUUACGAAGAGCUGAAACAAAUCGAUGAUGCCAUGACUGAGAAGAAACAGACAGAAAAUAUGUCAUUAGGCGGGAAGAAGAAGUAA